AUGAGCAGGGAGGCCGAGACCCAGCAGCCGGCUGCCGCCCCCGCCGUCGCCCUCAGCGCCGCCAAUAUCAAGCCUGGCUCCACAGGCAGCGGCAUGAGGAGUGGCGGCCCGGGCGGCCUCACAUUGGAGGCGCCCGCUGGCGGGGGCAAGAAGGUCAUCUCAACGAAGGUUUUGGGAACAGUAAAAUGGUUCAAUGUAAGGAACGGAUAUGGUUUCAUCAACAGGAAUGACACCAAGGAAGACGUAUUUGUACACCAGACUGCCAUAAAGAAGAAUAACCCCAGGAAGUACCUUCGCAGUGUAGGAGAUGGAGAGACUGUGGAGUUUGAUGUUGUUGAAGGAGAAAAGGGUGCGGAGGCAGCAAAUAUUACAGGCCCUGGUGGAGUUCCAGUUCAAGGCAGUAAAUACGUAGCAGACCGUAACCAUUAUAGACGCUACCCACGUCGUAGGGGUCCUCCAUGUAGUUACCAGCAGAAUUACCAGAAUAGUGAGAGUGGGGAAAAGAACGUGCGAUGGGAAAGCACUCCUGAAGGCCAAGCCCAACAACGCUGGUCCUAUCACAGGCAAAGGUUACCACCUUACUAUCUGCGGAGACCCUAUGAGCGUCGACCACAGUAUUCCAACCCUUCUGUGCAAGGAGAAGUGAUGGAGGGUGCCGACAACCAGGGUGCAGGAGAGCAAGGUAGACCAGUGAGACAGAAUAUGUAUCGGGGUUACAGACCACGAUUUCGCAGGGGCCCUCCUCACCAAAGACAGCCUAGAGAGGACGGCAAUGAAGAAGACAAAGAAAAUCAAGGAGACGAGACCCAAGGUCAGCAGCCACCUCAACGUCGGUAUCGCCGCAACUUCAAUUACCGACGCAGACGCCCAGAGAACCCUAAACCACAAGAUGGCAAAGAGACAAAAGCAGCCGAUCCACCAGCAGAGAAUUCGUCCGCUCCCGAGGCUGAGCAGGGCGGGGCUGAGUAAAUGCCGGCUUACCAUCUCUACCAUCAUCCAGUUUGGUCAUCCAACAAGAAGAAACGAAUAUGAAAUUCCAGCAAUAAGAAAUGAACAAAGAUUGGAGCUGAAGACCUUUAGUGCUUGCUUUUUGCCCAUUGACCAGAUACGCUAGAACUAUCUGCAUUAUCUAUGCAGCAUGGGGUUUUUAUUAUUUUUACCUAAAGAUGUCUCUUUUUGGUAAUGACAAAUGUGUUUUUU